GCGCACUGCUUGUGGCCGCCUGACAACGCUAUGAAUAGGAUAUUCCAUGACUACUUGGAUAAGUUUGUCGUCGUGUACCUCGAUGACAUACUUAUUUUUAGUAAGACUGUCGAGGAACACGUAGCACACUUAGACAAAGUUCUCAGUCUCCUGCGACAGCACAAGUUCAAGAUCAACGGUGAAAAGUGCGAGUUUGGCCGCACCCGUAUCUUGUACUUGGGUCAUGAGAUCUCCGCGGAAGGGUUGAAGCCCGAUGACGCGAAGGUGGCCAGCAUUCGUGAUUGGCCACGUCCUCAGUCCGUGAGUGAGAUGAGAUCUUUCGUAGGAAUGACAGGCUACUAUAGGACUUUCGUUAAGAAUUACAGCAUAGUGGCCGCUCCUUUGACUGAUCUGACCCGCCUUGACACCCCUUGGGAGUGGACAGAUGAGUGCGAGGCUGCUUUCAGACAUCUGAAGCAUGCAUUGACGCACUAUGAAGUCUUGAAGCUACCCGAUCCUGAUAAGCCAUUUAUAGUAACCACGAAUGCUAGCCAAUAUGGCAUUGGCGUCGUGCUUGCGCAGCAGGAGGGGCCAAAGUUGAGGCCAGUAGAGUACAUGUCCAAGAAAAUGCCGUCUCAGAAGUUGGCUAAGUCCACUUAUGAGAAGGANCUUGCGCAGCAGGAGGGGCCAAAGUUGAGGCCAGUAGAGUACAUGUCCAAGAAAAUGCCGUCUCAGAAGUUGGCUAAGUCCACUUAUGAGAAGGAGCUCUAUGCGGUGUACAAGGCUCUCACCCAUUGGAGACACUACCUCCCUGGGCGGUUCUUCAUCCUCCGGACUGAUCAUCAGACCCUGAGAUGGAUGAGAACACAGCCAGUACUCUCUGACGCUCUCAAGCGUUGGAUCGAAGUCAUUGAGCAAUAUGACUUUGACCCUCAAUAUCUUAAAGGAGAGUACAACAAGGUUGCUGAUGCCUUGUCGCGCAGACCGGACUUCUCAGGUGCGCUGAUUACUGAGUUCGAUCUGACGGACAAUGCUACUCAGUCUUUGGUGGAAGCCUAUCAUCAGGACCAGUUUAUGUCUGAGAUCAUCCGCAGACUUGAGGCGAAGGAUAAAAAGACCUCCGCCGAGUUUGAGUUGGUCAAUGGAUUGCUGUUCCUAGAGAAGGCAGGGAAUAAACGCUUGUGCGUUCCAAGUAGCGAGUCUUUGCGUAGUUUGUUUUUAGGUGAGUGUCAUGAUGCCACCGGCCAUUUUGGGUACAAGAAGACCGCAGCCAACUUGCUGCAGCGGUUCUGGUGGCCAACGAUGAUGAAAGAUGCACAGUUGUACGUGGAAACUUGUCAAGUAUGCCAGAGAAACAAGCCCCGGACUCAAGCGCCUCUUGGGCUGCUCAAGCCCCUUCCGAUUCCGGAAAGGCCAGGUGAAAGUUUAUCCAUGGACUUCAUGGAUACGCUGGUCACCAGCAAGAGUGGGAUGAGACAGRUCUUUGUCAUCGUGGAUAGGUUUAUGGUAGAGGAGUUCCCCAUCACUGUGCAAUGGUGGCCAUAUGAACCCCUAGAGUUAGCGGAGGGAGAACUAGUGGAGUUCACACUUCCCUCUCGUCCGAUCCACAGGGACGACAACAGUUUUGGAUGGCGGUCGAUACUUUAUAGAUCGGGCGUAUGGUCGUGGAUCUAUCGGGAGUUGAAUGGAAUGAGAGACAAUAGGAGUAGGCUUCUUCCACAAGCCGGCUGGGGUGAAGUGAAGGCUUUCUUGUACUUUAGUGUUGAAGCCGCGAAGGAGGCUGCACUAUUUCUUGUCAUCAGGGGAUCGUGCGCAGUCAUAAACUGGGCCAAGCGAUAUCUCCGAGAAGAGACAGAGUCUUUUCAGUGGGACGAGGAGGAGGAUACUACAUACAAAGCCAGCCUCUACGAACUCUUCAAGUUGGAAGACGUUAGAUACGCAAUCCGGGAUCUGGAGAUGAUGACCCAUGGUGAGGACGAGAGUGUCCAAGCGUUUGGGAAACGAUUCCCGAAGAUAUCUGAUGCCCUAAUUGCAAAAGGGAAGUUGUCGGAGGUCGAGCGUUAUGACGUACAAAUGGCUCCAAAAUCAGAAGUCCCUACGGUGGUAGUGUCAGGCGUGAGCACGAAAGCUGAGCACGCAGCGACGGUAUACCUGGAUGGAAUGGAGGGCGUGCCUCUUGACAAGUUUCAUAUUUUAGGAGGCGAGACAAUUGAGACUAUUCUCAACGACGAGAUAGUUCUCCAAGGGGUGAUUGAUAAUGGCAGUGAAGUUGCCAUCAUAGACGAGGAACUCACCGUACGACUGGGACUAAAUCUGGAUAGGUCUUUCCUAUUUGAGACAGAAAUGGAUGGCGAAAGGAAGCAGAAGAUCUUUGGAGUAUGUCACAAGGCAACUAUCGAGGUUGAAGGGUUGUGCACGCUGAUGCCUGUCUUCAUGGUCAAGGACUGCAGCUCCGAGCUACUACUCAGACGGACGUGGCAAAGCUAUGUUCAUGCAGUUACAAUAGAACGACCAGAUGGGAGCCAGAUGCUCUCUAUCAAGCGUCCUGACGGUGGGAGGAUUAUGAUAGAGAUUGUUGAGCCUCCAGAUCUGAGGAACAGAGCCGCUCUAGCGGCUGGGGCACGCAAGUCGCCUUCUUUCACUAGCCGCACGCCGAGGUUUCGAUGGAAGUACGCGCAAAAGGAGAAAGAGGAGGUGAUCACGUUUUUAAAGGAGAAGAUGGCUUUUCAUGUAGCUGAGCCAUCAGAUAGCGCUUAUGCAAAUAGAUGGUUCUUUCUGCGGAAACCGAACAGGAAGAUCCGAUGGAUACAGGAUCUCCGAAAGGUGAAUGGUGUCACCAUCCGCGAUAUCGGAUCUAUUCCCCACGCGGAUGUGUUAGCAGAAGGAGUUGCAGGUAGAUCGAUUUAUUCUGUCUGUGAUCUAUUUUCUGGUUAUGACGAGAUACCGCUAGAUCCGAGAGACAGACACCUCACCGCCAUGCAUAUGCCACUGGGAUUAGUCCAGAUGAUGGUGAUACCUAUGGGUUGGACUAACUGGGUCGUGGUAUUCCAAAGAGUUAUGGUAGCGGUUCUGAAAGACUUUAUUCCAGACAAGGUGGGAGUCUUUCUAGAUGAUUUCUCGAUAAAAGGGUCGGUCAAGAAAAAUGAGAUGGAGGUUGCUCCUGGCGUCAGGAGGUUUGUAGAGCAACACUUCACAGACAUUUAUGCGGUCCUAGAGCCUACGGGAUCAGGAAUGCCUUUACGUGUAGUUUGUGAUCCUAAGGAGAAAAGGUCUAUAGUGGUUGAGCUCCAUGACGACGUAGUUGGUGGACAUAGAGGGGUGAAGGGCACGUAUGAGAAGGUGUCCAGGUUAUACUCGUGGGAAGCUCCGUUGAUGGACGCCGGAAUAGAGGUUGUUGACCUUCACGACUACGUUGCGAAGAUCGACCGCGAGUUCAAGACACAGCGGUACGAUGACAUCGACGCGCCAUUGUUAUACAUACGAAUUCAAAUCGGAGAGGCGACCUGCAGCACUUUGAUCGAUUGCGGAGCUACUCGCAAUUAUAUCAGCCAAGACUUUAUGGUACGCGUUGGCCUUGGACCACGCGUUCGGAGGAAGUCGCAGCCUACGCAAGUCAGGAAGUUGCAGCCUACGCAAGUCACGUUGGCCGACGAUCGAACGCACAAGUCAAUCGACCGGUGCAUUGAUUUUGUCCUCGUGUACUUCGCCCCGCAUGCAAGCGAGAUCGUGUCCUUUGACAUUUUGGACACUCAAUUCGACAUGAUCUUGGGCAUCAUUCGAGCAUCCAUCACCAGGGAUGACAUCGAGGAGAUGGGGGGGUGUUUUCUCCACGCCCUCCCGCCCCAUGACAUUCCAUCGAUAGACUCAUCACCGGAUCCAUGCAUCACCGAGCUUCUCGAUACCUACGGCGACGUGUUUGAAGCCCCGCAUCGAGUAGUACUGGAUCGACCCAUCCGCCAUGAGAUCAUCCUCGAGGUCGAGGCCGUACCUCCUCGUGGUUGCAUCUACCGCAUGAGCGAGGAAGAGUUAAGUGUGCUACGGGCACAACUCGACGACCUUCUCGAGAAAGGCUGGAUUCGGCCUAGCUCUUCGCCAUACGGUGCUCCCGUUUCUGUCCGGAAGAAGAAUAAGGAUUUGCGGUUGUACAUCGAUUAUCGCAAGCUCAACGCGCAAAGCGUCAAGAACGCCGGCCCUCUUUCUCGCAUCGACGACCUCCUCGAACGGCUGCCCCGCGCCAAUUUCUUCUCCAAGCUUGACCUCAAAUUGGGAUAUCACCAACUCGAGAUCUGUCAGGAGGACCGCUGCAAGACCGCGUUUAAGGCGCGAUAUGGGCAUUUCGAAUGGCUGGUUAUGUCUUUUGGCCUUACGAAUGCCCCGACCACAUUCCAAGCGGCUAUGACAACGGAGUUCCGACACAUGCUGGAUAGAUUCGUACUCAUCUACCUUGACGACAUUUUGGUGUACAUCCAGAGUUUGGACGAGCAUGUGGAGCACCUGUGCACAGUUUUGGAGCAGCUACGACAAGCCAAGUACAAAGCCAACCGCGACAAAUGCAAAUUCGCGCGGCAAGAGCUAGUGUACUUGGGACAUUAUGUGACGCCGCAAGGCAUCCGUCCACUUGCGGACAAGAUCGAGGCCAUCCACGUAUGGCCCGAGCCCACCAACAGCACGAACCUUCGCUCAUUCAUGGGGUUGGCGAGCUACUAUCAACGCUUCAUCACCGGGUACUCAAGGAUUGCCGCACCUAUGACGAGAUUACAAUCGCCAAAGGUGGCAUUCGUAUUCCAUGACGACGCACACCGGUCAUUCCAAGCACUCAAGACGACCAUGCUCAUGGCACCCGUCCCUAGCAUCUAUGACCCCACCCUGCCAACGAGAGUGACAACAUACGCUUCCGGCUAUGGCAUUGGGGCAGUCUUGGAACAACACGACAGCGACGACUGGCACCCCGUCGAGAAUUUCAGCCACAAAGUGCCUCCCUUCAAUUCACUUGAUGAUGCAAGGAAGAAGGAGCUGCUCGCGUUCCUGAUGGCUCUUAAGCGAUGACGACACUUCCUCCUUGUGCGUCGUAGGUUCACAUGGGUCACGAACAACAACCCCUUAACCUACUACGAGACGCAGGAUAUGGUGAGCAGCACGAUCAGACGAUGGAUGUGCUUCAUCGACCAAUUUGACUUCUCGCCGGCCUCUCCAAUCG